UCGGCGCCGAGACACGGCCCCGAGAAGAGGGAGCGGGAGCGGGAGCCGUGCCGGCCGCGGCGCAUGAUGUGGGUGCCGCUGCUGGCGUGCCUCACCGCGGGGAUCGUCUCCGUGCCCAGGUGCCAGCGCGGCCCCGGAGCCUUCCUCGGGGCGGCCCGGCUGCUGGCGGCCGUGCCGGGACUCUGCCAGCGCUCGGAAAACAGAUGUGCCACUUCAAAUGCAGUAACAUGCACAAAGUGUCUUGCUUUGGGUCCAGAGUGUGGAUGGUGUGCUCAAGAGGAUUUCAUGGCUGGCACAACACAGAAGGGACGCUGUGACACUGUUUUCAACUUGAUGAAAAGAGGCUGCCAAUCAGAUUUGGUUGAAAACCCCACGGUUCAUGUCACAAUACCUAGUGACCAUGAAACAAAUACACAAGUGACACCAGGAAAAGUUUCAGUCCAACUGCGUCCAGGAAGUGAAGCAAACUUUAUGUUAAAAGUUCGUCCUUUAGAGAAAUACCCUGUGGAUCUUUACUAUUUAGUUGAUGUCUCAGCCUCUAUGCACAACAAUAUAGAAAAGUUAAAUUCCGUUGGAUUUGCUUUAUCUAAAAAGAUGGAGAAUAUUUCUCUUGAUUUUCGACUUGGAUUUGGAUCCUAUGUGGAUAAAACUGUGUCACCCUAUAUUAGCAUUCAUCCAGGUAGAAUCCAUAACCAGUGCAGUGAUUACAAUUUAGAUUGUAUGCCUCCUCAUGGUUAUAUUCAUGUACUAUCCCUGACUGACAAUAUAGCAGAAUUUAGAAAUGCAGUGAAUAAACAAAAAAUUUCUGGGAAUAUUGAUACACCUGAAGGAGGUUUCGAUGCGAUGCUCCAAGCAGCUGUGUGCCAGAGCCAUAUUGGAUGGCGUAAAGAAGCAAAGCGACUGCUCCUUGUGAUGACAGAUCAAACUUCCCAUCUGGCCCUUGACAGUAAAUUAGCAGGAAUUGUAAUUCCCCAUGAUGGAAACUGUCACUUGAAAGAUAAUGUGUACAUCAAAGCUACGAGUAUGGAGCAUCCAUCUCUUGGGCAGCUCUCUGAAAAACUGAUUGACAAUAACAUCAAUGUUAUUUUUGCCGUUCAAGGAAGCCAGUUUCAUUGGUAUAAAGAUCUGUUACCUCUCUUGCCUGGUACUGUUGCAAGACAAAUAGAAUCCCAAGCAGCAAAUCUCAAUGAUUUGGUGGUAGAAGCCUAUCAGAAACUAAUCUCUGAAGUGAAAAUUCAAGUCGAUAACCAGAUCCAAGGUCUUCAAUUCAAUAUCACUGCAAUCUGUCCUGAUGGAAGUAAAAAAACUGGCAUGGAAGGAUGUAAAAAUGUGGGAUAUAAUAAAGAAGUACUUUUCAAUGUAUCAGUUACAAUGAAAGGAUGUCAUACACCUGGAGGAAGAAAAUAUGCCAUACUAAAGCCUAUUGGUUUCAAUGAAACUGCCAUUGUCAAUGUGCAGCAAAGCUGUGCCUGCCAGUAUGGAGACAGCACAGGGCACAAAAGAGUGUGGGCUGAUGAAACUUCUCCUGACACCAAACAGUCCCAGUGCAGUGACAAUAACUGUAGCUCUAACAGAGACACACUUCCCUCAGAGAAGUGCAGGCAACACCAGGACCAACCCAUCUGCAGUGGUCAAGGAAAUUGCAUAGAUGGCAGGUGUUUCUGCUACAAAAACAAGCUAGGCAAGGUGUAUGGCAAGUACUGUGAAAUGGAUGAUUUUUCCUGCCCCUAUCACCAGGGAAAUUUAUGUUCUGGUAAUGGUGAAUGUGAAGGUGGUAAAUGCAAAUGCUUUGCUGGCUGGGAAGGUGAUCGUUGCGAGUGCUCAUCACAAUCAGCAAAGCACUGCCUGAAUUCAAAGGGCCAAAUUUGCAGUGGAAGAGGAAAAUGUGUAUGUGGAAAGUGUGAGUGCACAGAUCCAAGAAGCUUUGGCCGUUUCUGUGAAUAUUGUCCUACUUGUAACAAAGCCUGUGAAGAAAACUGGAACUGUGUCCAGUGCUAUCAUUCUAACAAUGCAUCUCAAGUAAUACUUGAUCAGUGCACAACCUCGUGCACUUACCUACUGCAUUAUAUUGACAAUGCUUCAGAUUGUUUCUCUGGACGAAACUACUUUAGAGUCUUUUCCAUAAUCUUUAUAGUUACCUUUCUGAUCGGGUUGCUUGUUGUCCUUAUCAUCAGGCAGAUAAUUCUGCAGGGGAGUAGCAAUAAAAUUAAAUCUUCAUCUGAUUACAGAGUAUCUACAACAAAGAAGGAUAAGAUGUUUUUGCCUACAGUUUGCACAAGAACAGUAACAUACAGACGUGACAAACCAGAGGAAAUAAAUAUCGACAUCAGCAAGUUGCGAUUAAAUGAAACUUUCAAGUGUGAAUUCUGAAGACUGCAAAUGUCUAUUUCCAUCAUGCUCGAGUUUUUUAAAAAAAAUUACCUUUUAUACCCUGUGGGAGUCUUGACUGUUGCCAUAUGAUUUUGUGUUGCGCAUUUUGUUGAAUACUGUAACAAAGUGACAUGUAAACAUAUUCACAUUAUGUGAUUAUGUUUGGAACUAUAGCUGCUGUAUUUUUUAAAAAUUUUUUGAAAGAGAAAUGUGCGUUACUACUGUUCAGAAACAUUAGUGUUGAUGUAGCACUUUAGCAUUUUCUAAUUUAUUUAGUUAUGGCCUAGAAUGUAGAUACAAACUGGUCUGACAAAGCACUGAUCUCACUAUACAUGUAGCUAGUACUGAUGUGCUCUGUGGGAAUGGACAAAAGCUGUGACUGAAGAAUUAACAUUGCUGUAUAUUAUAGCAAUAGAUGAAACUAUUAAAAUGCUCUUAAAUAGAGUAAAUGGUACUUUUAUAUUUCUCUCAGUUGACAGAAUCCACUGAUUUGUCUGCUUAUGCCUCUUAUCUUUUCCUUAUAAAAAUGAUGGGAUUAAAUGAGUGUUUAGUUCCUGAUGUGCAUAUAUGUUGUGUGUUUGCACACAGAUAUACUUGCAAACACAGGUAAACUAUAUAUAUAAAGAUUUUUUUGUAUGAAGGAUGUCACUUAAGGAUAAUUUAUAUCUGAUAAAGAGUAAUUUUUAGCUUUUUUACUUGUUUAAAUAUAAGCCCCCCCAUUUUAUACAAAUUUAACGUGUUUGGAAACUGAGUGGCUACAGAAAAUGAGAGUUCCUCUAUCCAACGGCAUAGUCUACAUGAUGAUCACUGCCAGAAGACUAUGUCUUUAGAGUCAGCAGCAUCAAUUCCAUUGCAAAUAGAUAAAUUACACCAGAGCUGUGUUUGGUUUUCUAGCUACAUGUCAGUGUUUUGCCAAAUAAAGACUUAGAUCUUUUUGUAGGAUGUCAGGCAUAAGUCUGAUUUUACAUGUGCUCUUUUUCUCUAUGUAAAUUAGUUGAUGAGAUUAAGUUUUCUAAGGAUUUUUGUGACCACUACAUUUUUUUGUGACUGCAUUGAGAAAUGUGUCCAGUGUGUGAUGGAGGAAAUUUAGAAGCAAGUGAGGAAAAUAGGAGUCUUUUUCUCAAGAGAACACAUUAAUUAAUUUUAUAAAUAUGGAUCACAUUCUGCCUUCAGAAAUGAACAAAACUCUUCCAAACAUGGUGGGACCAAUAUAAACUUAUCUGAGAGCAGAAUGUGAGCUAAAAAGUCAAGCAGAAGCAUCUUUUUCUUAUCCCUGAAACCAGCUAGAGUGGUAGGAGAUGUGUUAUUGUUAUAUGCUGGUUGGAAGCAUCAGUCUGAUUUCCUAACUCCAUGCUGCUGAAACCCUAUGAGAAUCUGACCAACCUCUAAUGCACUAAAACCUUACUGGCUAAAAGAAAAAUCAUCUCAGAAGACAGUGUAUCAUUUUAACAACAUUUAUUACUAAUACUAAAUAUUGUCACUAUUUGUCAUAGAUAAGAGUUACAGAAACAAAGCAGGACUUCCUUAUGUGCAGUCUUCAGAAAUGACUUGUAUUUCCUAUUCUGUAUUUCUUCUGUAAUUUCCCACUGAAACCUGAGGACUAUGGGGAUUGAAAGGAAGGCAGGAUGUAGAAAAAUUAUGAGUGUUUUAUGAGUGUUAAGUUUUUUGGGCAAUGGAUCAAGUGGGAAUGAGAAAAAUAAUAUACAGACAAUGGGCCUUUCAUUAGUCAUAAAAGCUUAGGGAUAGGGUUUUUUAAAAAAAACUGUAAAUUGGACUGUUAAAUGCUUUUAAAGCAGUCUCCAAAGUAGAUCCUGAGCUUUCUACCACACAGGUAAAAUUGUCUCAUUUUACGAAAAGAGUGUACUGACCCUGACUUUAGUGAUAGCCGAAUUACAGAACCUUAGUUAUAUAUUAAUUCUGUAGUCUAUCAAGUACACCUUAAACUCUCAUUUUCUUUUAAAGUCUAUAGUACCAUUUUCCUCCUGUGUAAAAUAAAAAGAUUCCAAACAAUAAGUUUUGAUGGGAUAAAGAUAAAAAAUUUGAUAAAAAUUUAUAAAAAAUUGGUAUAUAUUGAUAAAGGUUACUGCAGUUGCCCUUGUCACAAUUCAUGGCUAUUUAUGAGUGGGAAACAAUCUCGGGUGGUCUACUUAACUUAAACAAAAAAAAAUGCUUAGUGGAGUAUAUCUAAGUAUAUAAAAAAGAGGUUAAUUAUGUUCUUUAAACAGUGUGAUAAUCCCUUUAAAAAAAAGAUUCCUCAGAAUGUCUUCACCCCAUAAUGGCCUUUAAAGCAUGUACUAAAGCAUUUACUGAACUGAUAGCUCUCCUUUUUUCAUUAGAAAUUACUUUUCACUGUUAGAGGAAAUUCAGUUUUGUGGAUAGGGGAAAAUGGAACUGGGUUCGUGGUGGAAGAAAGACUUGAGCUGUAAUACCCAUCUUCCAGACACAUCACAUCAUGCUGCUACUGCUUUUCUUCUGUAGCACUUGGCAUUGGAGCGCUGCCUGUGAAGGGGCACGGCCAGUAUUUCCUUAUCAGACACCUGCCUGAAUGUUUAAAAUGCUCUGGUCAAAUAGAGCAGGCUCACAGGACAAAUUGCACUGUAAGUUGCUUGCUGUCCUGAGAUUAAAAAAUGUAUAUAAAUUUUAAAAAUUUUUAGAAACGAAAAAAAAAAAGGAAAAAAAAAGCUUUUUUGCAUCUCCCUCAUGGCUUUGCUGUAUUGUGGAAGAGGCUGGUGAAAGAGAAUAAGCUGCUGCUAAUGUGACAGGUCAAGGCUUUUAGAAGGCCCGUGGGGAGCUUAUACAGAGCAGGAUUCUUGGGAGGAGGCUUUGUUUCUAGGGAUGGAAUCUAUCCAUGAGAAACUCUGGCUUUGCUUGGGACUUGUUUCCCUCUGCCUUUGACCAUGUUUUUCAGAAGAGCUGCUGCAGGAGAUGAAUAGCUCAACAAAAGCCUCACUAUUUAGGGAGCUGUGUUCCCUCAGCACAUGACCUUAAAUGAGAAAGCAGCCUUUAAUUCACAAGGAAUUUCUUCAGUGAUUGCAGAAGGACUGUGCUUCCUAUAGUGCUUAAUAUGAGAGAUAUUAAAGAUGAAUUAAUUCAUAUUAGUCUUCAAUGUAUUGUGCAUCAAAGAUGCUCAUAAAAAUAGGGGAAAAAAUAACUAACCUCAGAAUAGAAUGUUCCAAAGUUCUCAAAUAACACUUCUUAUACUGGCUUCUUAAAAAAAAAAUUAAAAAGAAGUCAUAUAAUUCUACUGCAUGCUUACAUCCAAAAAUAUAUGAGCAGAUACUGCUGCAUCUCAUUAUUGGUUUGGGGAAUUGUUUUUAGAUUUGGUCCUGGAGCCUGUGCAUGACUUUUCACAGCAUAUUUGUUACUGUUAAAAUCCAUAUUUAUAGUUUUCAAAUUCUAGUCCCAUUUUUUAACCUUUGACUUGUUAUUUGACUGACACUUCAGAAAUUGCAUGUUUACGUAAUUAAAAGGUAUAUAAUCUACUUCAGAUUUUUUUGAGUACUAUAAAAUGAAGAAAUGUUAUGAAAUAGUUAUUUCCAAGAAUCAUGACUACACUAAUAAGAUUGCUGCAGAAGUAUGUGGGAAAAUAGCUGUUUCAUCCAGAAAACGUGCACAUGGUAUGCAAGGAAUUUUCAUUGUGCCCAGCUGAAAUUCCCUGACAUUUGCAAGGAUGUUAAAAAUGAACCUUAAAAAGGAAGGAUGUUCAUAUGGGCAUAGUUUACAUUUUAGCUAUUAUUUACAAUUGGAUUUAUCUUUUCCUUUCUAUGAUGUCAUGAAACCUGCUAUGUAAAGCAUUCUUCAGACUGCAAUGGAAAAAUAUUAUUUUCCCAGUCUGAUCAUAUAUAAUAUUUAUUUCCUGCUUGGUGUGCAUGUUUUGCAAACCAUGGGAGUAAACGGUUGAAACAGCUCCAAGCGACUCUCCAUCCUAAAACAGACAUAGGGUCUGGUGAUGCCCAGGGCAGAGACGUGCAAGGGCUGUCAAGAGGGACAGUGCUGGGGCUCCCCACAGCAUCCCUGCAGAAAUGGUGCUCUGAGAUCUCACUUUGCCUUUUGUCAGGGUAGGAAACCUCUUCAGAGUAGGUUGGCUUGGCAGCGGUGGUGUCCUUUGCAUUGCAGCCCUCAGCCCCAUGCUGGGACUGCUCUGUGUGCAGUCUGACCCCUAAUGCUGCAGGCUUUUCACAUCUUGACUCAUCAAAAAUGCCUGCACACAACCCAGCAAGGGACAGCCUGUAAAUGUGGAUGCUGCAGACCUCCAUUAAAGCUCCUGGGGAGCGUUUGGGCACCUGCCCAUUGACUUCCCACCAGCCCCUGGAUCUCCAGCAGCCAGCCUUUAGGAAUGCAAGCAGUAGCUGUAAAGGGCACUUCUCACAGAGGCAUUUGUGCUGAGUCAGUGCUGGGUGACUCCUACUCUGCCCCAACCGCGAGUGACAUGUCGUGACAAUGUCCUGGCUACCAUUUUGCAACAGAAAGCAGGAAUGAAGCAAUAGUUAAGAGAAACACUAAUUUUUAAUUCUGAUCUUGAGGGUGCUCUGAUGUACAUGUAUCUAUUGGCUCUUACAGAGAAUUGAAAUUCAUGGAGAGGGGGGGAAAAAGGUUAAAGUCAACCAGUGGGAAUGUAUCUUUAUAGCAAGCCAAGUCAGUGGGGUUCCACUGAGAACAAGCCAGCUCAGAAUGGUUGGCCUGUCUGGGGAGGGGAAGGGGGGAAAGAAAAAACCUAAAAUUUCUAUAUUCUUAAGCUUUAGAAAUGCUGUUCUGAAUUGCAUGUUCUCUUUGUUUCCUUUUCUGAACAUGCUUUUAAGAAAAGGUACCUAUUAAAAAAAAAUAAGUAUCUGGCAUUUGUUAAAAUAAUUACUUCUGUACAAAUUCUAGCAUUUCAUCCUAAUACCUUUAUUGUAUUUGGCCUGUUUCAGCUAUAUAUUUUGAAGGGAGAUGUUGAAAAAUUAAAGAGUCUUUUGCAGAGGCAUUGGUGUUGGAUGAAUUCACUGUGCUGACAUCUUUACUCUUACCUACUACUGCUUCAAAAAUAAUGCUACUUUAAAGUGUCUUACUUAGUGAUUGUGUGACAGCUAUUAAUAAUACUACCAUUUUAAACUUUCUAUUUAACAUAUACUACCUUUUGUAAAAAAGAAAUAUAGAUAAAUAAAUAUUGUGUCUCUAGAUUUUAUGCAUAGAGAAUGUUAGUAAGGGAAGAGGUUUUAAAUUUGAUAACUUCUUACUGUUCAUUUUUCAUUUUAAAUGAUACUUUUUAAAUCACUACUUUUGUUCUUCUGGAAAUAUACUGAAUAUUUUAUUAUUUAAAAUAGUAUACUUUUAUAGCUGUUUUAUUAAUUUCAGUUGACUACUAACUUCUAUUGGGAUAUUUAUUAAUGAGUUACACUGUAGCAUAUUGAGAUGUUUAUUUUUCUAUCAGAGCUGUAACAACUAUGACAUGGCAUUAUUUUAAUGCAACAUCAUUGUAUUUGCUCUCUAAAAAUAAAAUCAAUAUUUAAUCCA